GUCAUAUUGUCUGAUUGUCAUCUUUGGAUAUAAUGGCUGAAUGAACAACGACAAAGACAACUGUCUUCUUUCCUGUAGACUGUUUAAAUAGCCGAUGGUUUAGGAGUUAUUUUGGCCUCAAAAGUCUGCUCGAUAUCACGCUAGAAAAGCUUAGGGGCAGCUUCUCAGGCUUAAACUAUCAAGAGUUACCAAGAUUUCUACGAUUCGGAGGUAAGACUAGAUAUCUUUGACUCAAAGGCAAGUUAAUGUGCAUAUAUGCAUCAGAUUAGAGGGAAGCAGAAACGUCAUAUUUAAGAUGCAACGAAUGUGAAGCCACUGAGCUCAAACAAGGAAGUGAACUCUAUUUUUCGUAUUUACGCUUCCAAUAUGAGCAUACCAUGGCUAAACAGGAAACAAUCGUGCAAAUCUUUUUAAGGCUGAACUUGCUUACUAGUUUGCAGUACUGAAUGGUUAGGUUUGUUGCGAUGAGCGUUUCUAGUUCUUGACCAUAGAACUGCGACAGUCUUGUCGUAUUGAGUCUAUGGUUAAAGGCCAAACUCUAUACUAGAAACUAGUAGAUCAUAGAUAACCGGCCUCAAAUGAUUUGACAUAGAUUUACGCUACGAUCAAUUUUCUAAGUUUCUUGGUGAGUUACUAUUUCAUUUUUAAAAAAUCUGAAAAAACUUAUUAAAAUUUGGGAUUUAGGAAUGGGUAAGCAAUAUUGUUAGCAAGGCCGAACAGGCAUUCUUAAACAAAGUUUAUGUGGUGUGCGCUGGUAACAUAUAUUGUAUAGCUCUUUCGCGACGUUGCCAACAUGCAUAAGUAAAUUGCUGCGCGACAACUAGCGACUAUUGCAUGUUUUGUCCGGAAAAAAUUAGCCCAUUAACGAAAUACCUUUCUGAUACUGGUCUUUCCUAAAUCAACCCUAGAUUAAAAAAUUUAGUAUCCUCUUUCAGAAAGAUAUCCUUUUUUGCUUUGGUUAACGUGGCCCGCUGCUGUCGUAUUUUAGUAAAAUUCAACUAGUGGCCUGUUAUCAAUGCUGCGUUCUGAUUGGUUGAGCUACUACUAGGCUAUAUGUUAUAGCCCACUAGUAGCGAAAAGCGCGGGCUUUUUGGCGGCAAAAAAGGAUUUAAAUCUUGCUUUAACUAGCUAAAUUUUUUUUAUUCUCGAUAUUUUUGACCAACUAAUUGGAUUUUACUAAAACAAUUAUUCCUCUCGCCCGCAUGGCUUCUGAGUCAAUAGCCCAUGAGGCCGAAGGCCUCAUGGGCUAUUGACUCAGAGCCCAUUCAGGCUAGAGGAAUAAUUGUUAAAUAUUAUGACUAUGAGCAUGGUCAUUUUUGCAUAACCCCCUCUUUAACUUGAACGUAAUUGGAGGUUUCUAUUUGAGAAAUUGCGGCCACACGUUUCUUUAUUACACCGUGUCAGUUCUUUAAAUUAUUAAAACAUCAAAAAUUAAGCACCUUGUUAACACACCUAACAGGCCAGUUUCAAGUUAUUAAAAUGCAAUUGUUAAAAUUUCAAUAUUUUUCUAAUUAUUAAAAUCACAUUAAGAUUCAGGGAUGAAUCAUUAAUUUCUUUGCGUUUUUUUCCUCAUCAGCCCUGGGGCCCAGUAUGAAUAUUUAUAAUUCGAAACUAGCUAGUUAGCGGACACACGUACUCUUAUUAGUAUACAUAUAUUAAGACCUAUUAUUAUUCAUUCAAAAUAUAUAUCCGAUUCUGAUUGGCUAAAAGCACACGUUUAAUUCACCAUAACCAGUUACUGAUGACCAAAUUUGGAAGAAUUUUGUGUUUAACGAGGAAAUGACGUCAAAAAUGCAGCGUUCGUGCAGGCUAAGGCACCGUUAACAGAAAGACCUGGGGACGAGGUUGAGUUGUUUUGGUUGUGGAAACAAAAAUGGCGAUCAUUUCACUCGUUUCAAUAGUAAGAACUAGGCGAAAAAAUAGCUAAAAACAUGGCAAGAACAGCAAGAAGACAACUCGAAGAGCGACAUCUGCUAUUUGGAGAAUAUUUGCGGAGCUGGACAAACCUAAACGUGCACUAUCGAAGAUGAACUUAACAUCGAUGGAUCGAUGGAGGUAAGCAUGUUUUAGCCAUGUUUUUAAACCAGGAAUUAUUUUGAAUGAAUGAUAAAACAAUUAUUGAAUUCGGCUUUCGUAUCAUAUGAAGAAUUAUGCAGAUCUCGGAGGGUGUUAUCCGCCUCGGCCUACAGCCUCGACGGAUAACACCCUCCUCGGUCUCCAUAAUUCUUCAUAAGAUAUUAAUUGUUAAUUAUGUCUAAAUAAUAAAGGAUUAAAUUAACUGCAAAAACCGUGGACUAAGAUCCUGCUAGUUGUAAACGUUGGAUCUCUAGAAAAGAGAUCAAAUCAGCCAAAAUAUAAAGAACCAAGAACGAGAAGUCCAAAGACUACUGCAAAGCUGAUUUAAAACAACGUGUAUUGUUUUUUAUAACGAUAUUUCGGCUGGCCAUACCAGCCUUCCUCAGGUUUACAGAUGUUACUGAACUUAUGUAGCAAUCACAAU